UCUAUUUUUAUAUAUACGUAUACUCAAUGCAUAAAAAUACAAUAUGCGCAUGCGCAUACUCAUAUGCUUAUGUGAUAUAUGUUUGUAUAUAUCUAUACGAGAACACCAAUAUAUAAUAGAAAAUAACGUAAUAAAAUAAAGAAUAAUAGAGGGAAAACAAAUUAGUGUUUAUUAAAAACUAAGAACGAUUGGCAGCACUGGUGUUGGCAUACUUGCAUCUGCUUACUGACAGAACAGGUAAUAUUAAUAUUCAUUACAGACGAAGUAUAGAUGUACAAGAAGUAUGAAAUAUGGCGUCUGCGUUAGAAAAUUUGGAAACUCAAUUGGAGCUUUUUAUUGAAAAUGUUAGGCAAAUACGUAUUAUAGUAAGUGAUUUUCAACCACAAGGACAAAAUGUACUGAAUCAAAAAAUUUACAUUGAUCAAGGAAGAAAUCCACAAUUGUAUACCAAGGAUUGCAUAGAAAAAGCAUUAACUAAAAAUGAACAAGUAAAAGGAAAGAUUGAUGCUUAUAGAAAAUUUAAAGCAAACAUGCUUGUAGAAUUAACUAGAGUUUUUCCACACGAGUUGGCUAAAUAUAGAGCUAUACGUGGUGAUGAAUGAACCAAAGGUGGAUCAUACAGGACGACAAUGUUUUGUUGUUAAUUUUUUUACUAUAUCCUAAUUACUUGUACAAUAAAUAUUUAUUAAAGAAAAAUACCUAAUAGAUUAUAUUUUUAUGAAACAUUUUAUGAAUAUUAUUAGAACAUAAUUGUAACAGUUGUAUGUAAUAAAUAGAAUGUGGAUUUUUAUGCAUUUAUAAAAAGUUUAAAAAUACAAUGUAGAAACAUAAAAGCAUAUAGAACGUCAAAAAUAUAUCUGUGAGAAUAUUUAAUUAAAGAACCUCUAUUUAAAUUCUAUUUUUCAAAAUACUUUCGCAAAAAUAUGAAUUUCCAUAGAAAUCCGCAAUCUUAUGAUGAGAUAUCAAUUUUAAAAUAACUUAUUGUCAAUAAUCGAUUUAAAUGAUGAUUAUAUCAAUGAAACAUUAAAUCAUGAUGUCUUUAAAUAUUUUUUAAAAAAUUAUUGAACAAAUUAGAUUAUAAUUUAAAUUAAAGUUAAAUGUUAUUAACUUUUUUUUCAUUAAAUGAGUUUGGAGAAUUUAUUACGCCGUAAUAUCGAUACCCCACUUCAUGAUCUUUUGUCCAAUCAAAGUGGAUUUAGUUUAUAACCCGAAGCGGAUAAAAUCGCUUAAAUGAAAGCGUAUUCAGUCAUUUGAAAGACGAAUCUGCACGAAUAAAGUAUACAAAGUAUUAUUAUGAUCGUUUUAUUGUUUAUCGUAUUUGUUGCAAAAGUUAGUACGAGUGACAAUAUUCAAAAAUCAUAUAGUUCACCAUGGCAUUAUGAAUGCAAGGGUGGCUUGUGUAAGAAGGAAUUCAUCACAAAGGAAGUGACUAAUCCUACUUCGUUGGAAGUAUGUGAAUUGUUUUGUGAUGCAUCCAGUUCUCUGUGGCCAAAACCAACUGGUCAUCUAUCUUUGAGCAAAUAUAUGGUCCAAUUUGAUCCGGACAAAAUUAUGUUAGAUGAUGUACAAUCUGGAACUCAAAUUAAAUAUCUUCUUGAAAGAAAUAUAGUUUUAUUGAAGAAUAUCGUGAAAAAAGUUGGUGGUAAAUUAGCAAAUGCUGGCGGAAUGGAAAUGCUUAUUCGAUGUAAGGGCUAUCUCGAAAUGAAUAACAUUAAAUUGACUUUGCACACAGAUGAAAGCUACAAUUUAACUGUAAUGCAAAUGGAUAAAACGGUGAGCUUGAAGUUGGAAGUCACGAUCGCAGCGAAAUCAUAUUUCGGUAUACGACACGCUUUGGAAACAUUAAGCCAGUUGAUCGUUUUCGAUGAUUUACGAAAUCAGAUUCAAAUUCCGAGCGAAAUAUUGAUUAUUGAUGGCCCUGUGUAUCCUUAUCGUGGCGUAUUAUUGGAUACCAGCCGAAAUUUCAUUGACAAGACAUCAAUAUUGCGAACGAUCGACGGUAUGGCUAUGUCGAAGUUAAAUACUUUGCAUUGGCACAUUACAGAUUCACACAGUUUUCCCUAUGUUAGCAAAACAUGGCCAGAAUUUUCCAAAUUUGGUUCUUAUGCAACUGACAAGAUUUACAAUCAAAAAGAUGUGAAAGAAAUUGUUGAAUACGGUCUUAUUCGUGGUGUUAGGGUAAUACCGGAAUUUGACGCCCCAGCCCAUGUAGGAGAAGGGUGGCAAUGGGUCGAAAAUGAUACAGUUGUUUGUUUUAAAGCAGAACCGUGGAGAAAUUAUUGUGUUCAGCCACCUUGUGGCCAAUUGAAUCCUACUAGCGAAAAAGUAUACGAAAUUCUCGAAGGAAUAUAUAGAGACAUGAUUCAGGAUUUUCAAUCGGACCUGUUUCAUAUGGGUGGAGAUGAAGUGAAUAUAAAUUGUUGGAACUCUUCAGUUGUUAUUACAAAUUGGAUGCAAACAGUUGAAAAUUGGGAUCUAUCAGAAUCAAGUUUCUACAUGCUUUGGAAUUAUUUUCAACAAAAAGCAAUGGACAAGUUGAAAAUUGCUAAUGAUGGAAAGGAUAUACCUAUUAUUUUAUGGUCUAGUGGUUUAACCAAUGAAAAAAAUAUUAAAUAUUUGGAUCCUGAGAAAUAUAUCAUUCAAGUAUGGACAACCAAAGAUGACGCUACUAUUGGAAGAUUGUUACGAAAUAAUUUUAAAUUAAUUAUUUCUAAUUACGACGCUCUCUAUUUAGAUUGUGGUUUUUCAGCCUGGAUAGGGGAAGGUAAUAAUUGGUGUGCUCCUUACAAAGGAUGGCAGAUCAUUUAUGACAAUUCUCCAUUGAAAAUAAUUAAAUUGCAACAUCUCGAAAGUAAAAGACAUCUUAUAUUAGGUAAAUAUUUUUUUACGUUAAACUAUAAAGACUAUAUUGUUAUGAUUAUAAUAUUUGAUUUCGAA